AUGGAUUCACUCAUCAACGCUGGCAAGGAGUACCUGACGGAGCAGCUCUCAGGUUCUGGUUCUGGUUCGCAUCAAGGUAACCCUCCUCGCGAUUCUAUAUAUACAGAUGCUUACGGUGGCAACUAUCCCGCCGGCGGCGAUUUCCACCACGAAGACGAGGAGCUGCGCACUGCUCACCAGCAGGCCUCGCAGUAUGCUGGCUCCUCCGGCAACAGCGACAUGUUCUCCAGCGUCAUCAACUCCAUCAGCCAGAAGAAGAGCCACCUAGCCAACAGCGACAUCGAUGAGCAAGAGGCCAUCCGCAAGCACCAAGAGACCUACGACCAAGACAGCAGCAACCUGAGCUCCAACAGCCUCGGCUCUGCCGCCGCGAUGCAGGCGCUCAAGAAGUUCACCCAGGGCGAGACUGGUGGUAACCAGAGCCAGGGAGCUUUCCUGGGUUUGGCCCUGUCCGAAGCCAGCAAGCUCUUCGACGCCAAGGCGGCCAAUGGACAGGUCGCUCCCGAUGCCAGCAAGCAGUCUGUCAUCCAGCAGGCCGGCGAGAUGGCCAUGAAGAUGUACUUCAAGAGCCAGGGAGGUAGCCAGGGCGGAGGCUCGUCUCAGCUGUUGAGCCUUGCCUCCAAGUUUUUCUAA